AGCCGUAACUCCAAAACCCAGUUCCUCUCAAUUUCGAUCAAAGAGCAGAGCCGAGCUCUUCCAAAGCCCAUUAGCCUCGUCGUUUCCCUCCUCUCUCUCUCUUUUCUUCUUUCAAAUCCUUUCUUCUUCAAAUCUUUUGCCUCGAUUCGCGCUCUACAAUCUGUGAGAGCCCUUCUGGAUCUCUAUCGCGUGUUUCUGGUCCUGAUUCUCCCACCAAAUUCGACUAUCUCCCCUGAUUUUUAACGCCCUGGUUCGUCUGAGAUUCUAAGGAAAGAAGCCAAUCUUCUACAUCAUAAGAGUUACAAGAAUCAGAAACAUCUCGACAACAAUAUGGAUAAUAAUUCCUUGAUGCUGAUUGACAACAAUGGCUCUCUUGAGAUUGAUGACCAAUCCCAUAUGGAUAACAAUUCCUUGGCUUUGGUCACGUCCACUAGGCCCAGUGAGGAUGAACCUAAUGCGGAUACUGAUGAUGGCUUGCUGCCUGAUCCUGGUACACAACCCGGCAAGCGCGGUAGGAGGAAGAAGUCUAUGGUGUGGGAGCACUUCACCAUUGAAACUGCUAGCCCGGGAUCUACUAAAGCUUGUUGCAAGCACUGCAGGAAAUCAUUUGCCUACAUAACCGGUCAAAAGUUGGCAGGAACAAGCCACCUAAAGCGUCACAUUCAAUUGGGUAUAUGUCCAAUGAGCCAAGAGACCCACCCUCAGCUCACUCAAAUCUCUGAAACCAAAGAUCCUACCUCUUGUCCUCCCAAAAAACGCCAGAGGUCAUCUGCUACAUAUUUGAACGCCCCUCUAGAUCAAGAUCGUUGCUACAGUGAGAUGGCAAAGAUGAUUAUCAUGCAUGAAUAUCCCCUACACAUGGUCGAGCAUUCUGGAUUUACUGGUUUCGUGCAGGCCCUUCGUCCCCAGUUCAGUAUGGCAAGCUUCAAUACCAUUCAUGCUGAUUGUGUGACUAUGUACUUGUCCGAGAAGCAAAAACUGUCAAACUUCAUCAGUGAGAUUCCUGGACAGGUAAACCUCACCAUAGAUUUGUGGACAUCAAAUCAAUCACUGUGUUAUGCGUUUGUGACGGGACACUUCAUUGAUAGAGACUGGAAUCUAACUCACAGGCUUCUGAAUGUUGCCGUUGUUCCUUCCCCUGAUUCGGAUUUUGCUUUAAGUCAGCCUAUUGCAGCUUGUUUAUCCGACUGGAAUCUGGAGAGAAGGCUUUCCAGCCUCACUGUUGGGCAAUCAGUAGUAAAUAAAACAUCUAUUGAAAACCUCAGAUGCUAUUUGUCUGCCAGGAACCAGCAUGUAAUGAAUGGUCAGUUGUUGCUUGGGAAUUGCUAUGCCCGCCUCCUAAGCAGUAUGGCGCAAGAUGUGCUUGGAGCUGCGGAUCUUGAAACUCCCAUAAAAAAAGUCCGUGAUAGCGUCAAGUAUGUGGAGACCAAAGACAGUUGCGGAGAGAGGUUUGAUGAACUGAAGAAACAACUUCAAACACCUUCUACAAAAGGUCUCCGCAUUGACAACCAAACGAAAUGGGACACAACUUACAAUAUGUUAUUGGCUGCCUGUGAACACAAAGAAGUGUUUUCUUGUUUGGGAAAUUGCGAUCUUGAUUAUAAAAUUUCUACAUCUCCUGAAGAAUGGAGAAAGAUCGAGAUUCUUUGCUCGUGCUUGAAGAUCCUUUUUGACGCUGCUACUGUUUUGACUGGUUCAACCCGAUUGACAGCAAACGAUUUGUAUCAUGAAAUGACAAAGUUUCAGCUAGAGCUAAGCCAAGCAGCCGUGAGUGAAGAACCAGAUGUCAGAAACCUGGCGAACCCACUGAGAGAGAAGUUUGACGAGUACUGGAGAGGAUGCUUUCUGCUUCUGGCAGUUGCUGUGGUGAUGGAUCCGCGCUUCAAGAUGAAGCUUAUUGAGUUUAGUUUCUCUAAGACUUAUGGGGAAGAUGCUGAAAAAUGGAUCAAGAGUGUUGAUGAUGGUAUACGUAAUCUGUACCAUGACUAUGCUGAACAAAGUCACUCCCUGCUGGAUGCUUAUGUGGGCCACGGGAAUGAUGGCUUUUCGGAAACAGAUAUGUCUCAAGUUCACUUCCAUCAUGAAUACCACCAUUCAAAUGGGCUUUCACAUGAUCAAAUAUAUGAACAGCCUGAAGAUGGCAACCUGCUGAAUAAAAAACCAGGAGACCAUAUUUUAGACGGUCAUGAGUCGCAAGAGGUUGCUCAGACUCAGGUAAACCAACUGGCAGUAGAGUCCGUACCCCAUGCCCAAGAAGAGAAAAUCGCAGAGCCUAUUCUCCAGGCAGAUCAGUCAGGUGAGAUGGGACCACAGGAGAAUCAUCCAAUUGAAAUACAAUCUGGAGAAGGUCAGCAAAGUGGGACAUUGUCUGUGGGAGGCAACACCACACAGGGAGUAGAAAAAGAAGGCCGUAUGGUGAGUCCAGUUACACAGCCGAACCAUAUCGUGGAAGAGCUGUCGGAAGAGAGCAAGCCAAUGGAGGAAACACACCAUGCGACUCAGUCGGCUGAAGAGAUGACCCAUGAGACCCAGCCGGUGGAGGAAAUGCUGGAGGACACUCAACCAGUUGAGGAAGUAGCUCAGGAGGAACAACUGGUGGAGGAAAAGCAUGAUGACACCCAGCCAAUUGAAGAAAUGGCACAAGAGGCCCAUAAAGUGGAGCUAAUUCCCGAGCACAGGGAAAAUCCACAAAGCGCUGAUGGUCUUUUGUGCCAAGAGUUUACUCGAGAAGGCGAAGCUGUGCAACAAGAGCAGCAAUCAGAUGAGGGUAUAGCCUCAGAGCAAUAUCCCUCUGCGGUCCAGCAUGUAGAGGAGGCACAACAUGAUUCUCAAGCACAUGCAAUACCACAGGAAGAAGCUGCGUUUACGAUCUCUCAAGAAGGUCACCACGUUGACGUCCUUCUCCAGGAAGGUCACCACCUUUGAAGCAUCUUCGCAGGAGUUUCCUCUCAUCACUAUUGGAGAUGGGUUCUCAGACUUUGAGAUUUACAUCUCUGAGGUAGGCAAUCACCAACAGAUGAAAUCGGAGCUCGACCAAUACUUGGAGGAAUCUCUGAUACCGCGAUCAGAGGACUUUGAGGUUCUGGGCUGGUGGAGCUUGAAUCGAACCAAGUACCCAACCCUCUCCAAGAUGGCAGCUGAUGUGUUGUCCCUACCCUUUUGCACUGUCUCUCCUGAUUCUGUUUUUGAUACGGAGGUGAAGAAGAUGGACAACUAUAGGAGUUCUCUUGGACAUGUGACCUUGGAAGCUCUCUUCUGCGCCAAGGACUGGUUCAAGCACGGCUCCUCCACUUCCACCUCAGUGAACAGUCUGAAGAGGGAAUCUUAAUGUUUCUUUCUAUCAUUCCUUGUCCAUCGAUUUAGUUUUAGUUUACUAUAUUUUGUUGUAGCCACUGUCUAAUCUGGAUUUUUAGCCUUUUGUUUGCUUAUGAUUUACAAUUUGGAAUCGU